UACGAUUAAUUAAGUAGAUAAAUUAUAAUUAGUGAUUUUCCUUAUCUCCACACCUAUAAAUUAUAGUCUGCGUCCUGGAUAAAAUAGUUUAGUAGAAACCUUUAAACAAUUUUGAAAUAAUCUGGGUAAUAGAACUUCUACAAUGUUGGUUAAGAAAUUUAACUCUACAUUCGCUGUGCUCCAUAUUUUACUUAUUUUAUAUAUGACUCGUCUUUCAUCUCAAUCUGAAAGUCUUACCGUGACAAAAUCACAAAAGCAGAAAUUAGAUAAGUUCAAGGAAGCAGUGGAAACGAUUAAGUUUCCUCAAGAGUGGAUGAAAGAUGAUUUGAAUCUUCUCCGAUAUUUAAAAGCCAGAGGCUGGGAUGUGCAACGAGCCAAAGAUAUGAUACAAGAGACGGUGAAAUGGUGGAAGGAUUACGGCAUGGAUAACAUACACAACGAGGACUGGUCACAGUACGAAAGAAGUGAUCCGUACCAGAUCGACGGCGUGGACAAAGAGGGAAAACCUAUUAUGCUUUACGCCCUUGGAGAAUGGGACCUUCGCCAGGCGGCGAUUCAAGGCCGGCUGAAAACCUUGGUGCGCUGGGUGAUCAAAGGAACGGACGAGAUUCAUCGCAAAACCAGAGAUUUAUUCAAACAGGGAAAAAUUAAUGGCACCCAGUGGAGCUUGAUUGCCAAUAUUGACAAGUUUAACUCCCAGCAACACCUUUGUGCCAAAUGCAUCCCUCUUUUCACAGAUUUUGCCUAUAUUUAUGAAUCACAUUUUCCUGGAGCAAUUGAAGAAAUCCUUCUUAUAAAUGCUUUGGACUCGUUCGAUGCAGCUUUAAACAUUUUUCGGCCAUUAUUCACCCCCUCGUCAAGGAAGGCGCUUAAGGUGUUUAGCUCGAAUAAGGAGACAUGUUUGGCAUAUCUUUUGGCUAAAAUUGAUCCCGAUCAACUCCCCGAAGCUUAUGGAGGCACAAGACAUUACGAUUAGGAAUCAAAAUAUGUACCAUAAGCGAGGGUACAUUUGUAUCGAUUUUAUCGUGUUUAAGGUCAAUCUAGAUCAAUACUUAUGAGAAAUAAAUUUCUUAAAUUUCCCCUACAA